AUGGCAAUGAAGUCGGUUGCCCGCCGACGUCCGCCGACGUCCCGCGCGCUUCGCCACCUCUUGCUGUGCAUGAUCCUCCACUACUCGUUUGGCCAGCAGCCAAGGUUGAACGAAAUUCAGGUAUUGCGCAUGGCCCCCAGGACCGGCGUUCAGUUUGGGCCUUUGGCGCACAGUCCGGUGCUCUUUGCUGUUGCGGCAGCCAGCUCUUUAGUGCGAGACCUCAGCGCGCGUCGACGUCUUCAUGCAGGUGAUACAUGCGCACAACAGCUUCCACUUGGCGCCAGAGGAUGCGCUGCUACAGUUCUUUCGCAGCCCCCUUGUGCAGAGUGCAGCGGUGAGCCAGGCCUGGGCGACGCACGGCAUCCUGUUUCUGGCGUUUGUGGGCGUGUUCCAAGCAUUGCUGGCCUGUCCACUGGAUUCCCAGAGCCACUGGAAUACUCGCAUCCUCGGCUGUCAGAUCUUCUCUCUGAGUAUGGCGUCCGGGCAUUUGAGCUGGAUGUGUUCUACGAUCCCGAUGGGGAUUUUCUUGGGGAGAGCACUGUGGGCCUGCUGAAUACACUGCUGUCAGCCUCCAGCGGGGAGCCCAUGAGUCUGGCGACUUCUCUCCCAGUUGACGCUUCCGCAUUCAGGACCCUGGAGCAGGAGGUGCUGGAUGUCUUUAAUUUGACCCACCUCAUCACGCCCGAUGAAUUGAGAGGCAAUGAAUCAACACUGGCAGAGGCUGUGCUGGAGAACAACGGGUGGCCCGAACUGGUGGCGCUGCGAGGCCGAAUCGUGCUGACGGCUUCAGAACCUUUUCUGGACGACCUGCUUGACCUUCACCCGAACUUGGUUGGGUCCUUGAUGUUCCCCACUGCAACGGAAGACACAAUUGAUCCCAGCCAUACAGUGUUCGUGAACGUUGGUACCUUGGAUGCUGCUCUGCAGAGCCCAAGGAGCUCAUGGGACGGCCAGGUAUGCGAGGUCAUCGAUUUUGUCCCGAAGGGGCAGCCGACAAACGAGUCUGGGGCUGGUGGCGGAGAGGAGCAGGAUGCAGGAAUGCGGAAAAUGGGCCCCUCAGGUGAGGACGGCAACAGUGGGAGCGAAGAGGGCUGA